CCACAACCAACUACGUGGCGCGGCGGUACGGCGUGCGCUCCGGGAUGCCGGGGUACAUUGGCAGGAAGCUGUGCCCGUCGCUCGUUAUCGUGCCAACAGACUUUGAUGCGUACCACGCGGAGAGCGCCGUGGUGCGGGGCAUUGCGGCCGACUACGACCCCAACUUCACCAGCGUGGGCCUUGACGAGCUGACGAUGGAGGUGACGGCGUACCUGCGGGCCCACCCUGGCAUGACUGCGGCGGAUGUUGCGUCCGAGUUCCGCGCGCGCGUGUUCGCGGAGACGCGGCUGACUGCCAGUGCGGGGAUAGGCCCGACGGCGACGCUGUCAAAGAUUGCGAGCAACUACAAGAAACCGAACGGCCAGCACGAACUGCAGCUGCGGACGCGAGCGGAUGUUAUGGACUUCAUGAAGAACCUGCCGGUGCGGACCGUGCCUGGGAUUGGCCCUGUGCAGGAGGCUGCCCUAGGCGUGCUUGGUAUCCGGAGCUGUGGCUCACUGUGGAGGCAAAGAGAGAAGCUCUGUUUCCUGUUUCCGGCGAAAACUUUCCGCUUCUAUCUUUCGGUGGGACUUGGGGUGAUGAAGAGCCACGCCGACCGCCUGCGAAACGACAGGACACAAAAAACCAUUGGUCACGAAACCACCUUCAGGCGUCGUUUAAAAAGCGAGGCGGAGUUGAAGCAAGUCGUGCACAAGGCGCUUGUGACGGCGCAUACCACCCUGCUUUGUCGGCGCGAGGCGACUCAACACGUCAUGCUACACCUGAAGCGACGCUCCUUUGAGGAUCACCAGUAUGGGACGACCUUGGCGCAGGCUACGAAUGAUUUUGCCACCCUGUGGAGGGCGACGUGUGACCUCCUCCAGCCCUACCUUGCUUCUUUUGACGACUUUCGUCUGGUGGGUGUGCGUCUAGGGAAGCUGAACUCGACCUCUGAACGGCGGUGCAUACAAGAUGGCGCGAGUGGAGGUUCCCCUGCACGGACCAACGCUCGCGGGCUUUCGGCUGAACAGCAUCUAAAAAGGAUCCGGAGUGCACGCGUGCUGAGGUCUCCAGCGAGGCAGAUGAGGCGGGUCCUGAUCUCCAUCUAG